GGGUCCUCUUCUUCUUGAUUUCCAAUUUCUAUCUUGUUUCUCUCUGAGAGGGAAACAGGGGGAAGUAUACGGAGGAAAAGGGGUAUACACAAAAGAGAAAGAAAGAAGAGAAAGAAAACUUGUCAGGGGAUGAUGACAUUUGAUCUAACGCUGUCUGAAAGCUCUAUUUGAUCCUCCUCUUUCUUAAACUGACACUGGAGCUCUCUUUGUAAAUCUUCUGAAUCCAGAGGGGACAUCGGCAUAAACCCUCAAGUGAGCUUUUCCUCGUGUGUGCGCUUCGUUUGAAUUUUCGUCGGUCUAUCGGUCUUAUUGACACCUGGAUAUCCUCUGUUUGCUUGUCUGACAUUUUUAUAAUAACGACAAUACGGUAUCUCGUGUCAACGAGAACGUCGCUUUAUCUAUUGUGGUUUUGCGUUCUGUAUUCUCUCCUUUUUAUCGCUGGACAGCAAACACGGGGUUUGAACACUUCUGUUAACCCGCACCGACAGGGAGUGCGAAAGAUCCAGUUUUCAUGUUUGGAAUUCAAGAGAGCAUCCAAAGGAGUGGGAAUAGCUUGAAAGAAGAGCCUCUCGGAUCCGGGAUGAACGCUGUUCGGACAUGGAUGCAAGGUGCCGGGGUGUUGGAUGCGAACACGGCCGCUCAGAGUGGAGUGGGUCUUGCCCGAGCACACUUUGAGAAACAACCGCCCUCAAACCUUCGGAAAUCCAACUUCUUCCACUUCGUUUUGGCUUUGUACGACAGGCAAGGACAGCCUGUGGAAAUCGAAAGGACAUCUUUUAUUGGAUUUGUUGAAAAAGACAAGGAAUGCUCCGGAGAAAAGACAAACAACGGGAUUCAUUACAGACUGCAACUUCUUUACAGCAAUGGCAUCAGGACAGAACAGGAUUUUUAUGUGCGCCUUAUUGACUCCAUGACCAAACAGGCAAUCAUCUAUGAAGGUCAAGAUAAGAACCCCGAGAUGUGUCGAGUGCUGCUCACACACGAGAUCAUGUGCAGCCGCUGCUGUGACAAGAAGAGCUGUGGGAACCGCAACGAGACCCCCUCUGACCCCGUCAUCAUAGACAGAUUCUUUCUGAAAUUCUUCCUGAAGUGCAACCAGAAUUGUCUGAAGAAUGCUGGCAACCCACGGGACAUGCGCCGUUUCCAAGUGGUGGUCUCCACGACGGUCAGCGUGGAUGGCCAUGUGCUGGCCGUGUCCGACAACAUGUUUGUGCACAACAACUCCAAGCACGGCCGCAGGGCUCGCCGCCUGGACCCGUCGGAAGGCACGCAGUCCUACCUGGAGCACGCUGCACCCUGCAUCAAAGCCAUCAGCCCCAGCGAAGGCUGGACCACGGGCGGCGCCACGGUCAUCAUCAUCGGGGACAACUUCUUCGACGGCCUGCAGGUCAUCUUUGGCACCAUGCUGGUGUGGAGCGAGCUCAUCACGCCUCAUGCCAUCCGGGUGCAGACCCCACCACGCCACAUCCCCGGGGUCGUGGAGGUCACCCUCUCCUACAAGUCCAAGCAGUUCUGCAAAGGAACCCCGGGCCGCUUCAUCUACACAGCCCUGAAUGAGCCCACCAUUGACUACGGUUUCCAGAGACUCCAGAAGGUCAUCCCCAGACACCCCGGAGAUCCAGAACGCCUCCCGAAGGAGGUCAUUCUCAAGCGGGCGGCGGAUCUGGUUGAGGCGCUGUAUGGGAUGCCCCAUAACAACCAGGAGAUCAUCCUGAAGCGGGCCGCCGAUAUAGCCGAGGCGCUGUAUAACGUGCCCCGGAACCACAACCAGCUGCCGGGCCUCACCAACAGCUCGGUGCACGCGGGCAUGAUGGGCGUCAACUCCUUCCCCGGCCAGCUCGCCGUCAACGUGUCCGAGUCGACACAAGGCGGAAACCAGGGCUUUAGCCGGAACACCAGCAGUGUGUCGCCGCAUGGCUACGUGCCCAGCUCCACGCCGCAGCAGACCAGCUACAGCUCCGUCUCCACCAGCAUGAACGGCUACGGCAACAGCGGCAUGUCCAACCUGGGCAGCUCGCCCAGUUUCCUCAACGGCUCCGCCGCCAACUCCCCCUAUGCCAUCGUCCCGUCCAGCCCCACCAUGGCGUCGUCCACCAGCCUGGCCUCCAACUGCAGCAGCUCGUCCGGCAUCUUCUCCUUCUCCCCGGCCAACAUGGUGUCGGCGGUCAAGCAGAAGAGCGCCUUCGCGCCCGUGGUGCGGCCCCAGACCUCACCUCCGCCCACCUGCACCAGCACCAACGGCAACGGCCUCCAAGAUCAGUCUUUUGUGGACUCUAGCAAGUACACCCCGUCCAGCGCUCUGCAGGGCCUGGCCUUCUCCUGAAUGAUUCCUGGAAUGAUCGUCCCUCCCAUGUAGUGGGUGUGUGUUUGAGCGUGUGAGAGCAAGUGGAUAUGUCGUCAUGGCGUUGACUCCCCCCCCGCCCCAACCCGACCCCCCUCCCUCCUCGCGUGUGUACAGAAGACUCCGGUAUCGGACGGCACCUGCAGUCCCACUCUGAAGGAACACAAACUCCUAUCUCAGGCCCUUUUUAAAAAGGAUUCACGUUUGAACACAAAAAAAAAAAACAUGUUGGAAAAAGAGGAAAAAAUGAAGAGCAGAGAGAUGAUGAUGAAGAAGAAGAAGAGGAAUCGGUGCAUCAUCCUCUUUUGAUGUGAAAUAUUUGUAAACACCUUGUACACACUUUUUAAGGGGAAGACGAGGCCACAGUUGAUAUUUAAAAGCCCAGUGCCCACAUGAACAAAACAAAAAACAAACAAAAAAGAACAAAAAAAAAAAGAGCUUUGUUUAUUUUGAGGGAUGUGCUUAUAAUUUGCUAUCAUCAUUGUGUGUUUUUGUUUAGUUAUGGUUUUGUGCAAAAAAUAUGUAAUGCCCAUAUAUGAAAUGUGAUAUACACAAUGGACGCUAUGUCACAAUAGUUUCUAUUUAUGACUUUUUACAAAUUAGUGAAGGAAAACAUUUGUGAAGGAAAAAAAAUUGCCGCCUGUUUGUAGCAGCAAAGGCCCCAAACAAAUGUUUACAGCAAACAAAAAUUAGCUUCACUCCAUUGAUACAAUCACAACAUAGCCAGAUCAACCUGGGGUCUGCCAAUUUGACAUUGGAGGACUCCUAGAUAACCACACUGAGUUAAACUAUGCUGUUAAUGGACACUGACUUGUUAACUAUGCAUCACAAACCGGAAGGUUCCAGAUGACUCCAUUUGCCGGAGUACAAGCUGCAUCAGAAUUUUUUUUUGUCUUCUGCAUGUGGUGCAGUUAUUAAGAAUUAGCCGACAAUUUUUACAAGAGAGACAUAUGCAUUCUAAUCAUAAUUGUGAUAAUCCUGACAUACAGACAUGAUGCACACAACGUUAGAGCCGAACAAAUUUAUUUGGAUGUGAUUACACUAGUCAGGGAGGCAUGGUAUUCAGUUUGCCAACUGCAUCAAACAAUGUCGUCAGGUUAAUACUCUGACCCGUCAGCUGCCAAAACCCCGAGUUGUGCUAAUUGAAGGGAAGCAUUUGUAGGGAAACAAAAGCAGCACACAUUGACCAUGAUCAAGAAUUCUUUUAAUACUGUAGCCAAACAUGCCCCCCCCCUUCCUAAAUGACGGCUUUCUGCAUAACAGCACACAACCCAUUCAAGUCUGCUCUACACAGCAAUGCCUCAUAUAGCCAAUGGUCUCUCCCAGUGAUAAAGUUCAUUUGGUCAUUUGUCUUAUACCUUUUUUGCCAUGUCCAUUGCAUCCAUUCUUAGUUAGUUUGCCAAGGGAAUGUAGUGUAGUCACUGAGAGCUGGCAAAGCCUCCUGCUCUACUGAGAGAGAGAGAGAGACACUCAGCCGGACACACAAGUCAGCCACAGCCAAGGGAAGCGAGUUCUAUGUCCCAAAUCGUCUGAAGCCUUUCUCAUUCAUCUAUUGCUGCCAUCUGUGAUGCAAUGUCAAUGAAGGAGGCAACAUUUUUUAAAGGGUCUGUUGCC